GUCCCGCGAUUGGAAGAUUGUUAACAAUUAACGUUAUUAAAGUUUGUGUGUAUCAAAGAAAAUGAAUAUUUCCAGUUUUUCACAUCACUCAGCAGAUGCUAGUGAAAAUGAGACCGUAAACCGUGCUAAAACAUUUGUUUUACCCGGCAAAUGUUUCGAAAAACGUGCAGCAUGCACGUGGAAGCGAGGGAAUAAGUUCGCAAUAUUUUCAAGAAGUCAAACCACUAGUAAAAGUGCGCCAGCAACGAGUGAUGACAGAAUUCUAAACAUUCGUCAAAACAUAUUACUUUUCCAUCCAAUUUUACGUAAACUAGUGAACGAAUCCAAUGGAACAUUUUUGUCUCUCCAAAAAGCGGCUGAAGCGAGUAAAAAUUUAGAUAAUCAUGUUGAAUUUUUGAAGCAUUCUCGCCAAUACCGCUCAAUCAUUCGAGUGUGCAUUGAAAACCUCCAAGAAGCGGCAUCCAAGGAGACCGAUGGAGUUGAAAAGAACAACCUAUUAACAUGUAUAACAAUAUUUUACUCUAUAGAGUGUGUGUGGCACUUGUGUGAGAUCCUGUAUGUGGACAAUGUCCCUGGAGAUUAUGUACUACCAUUUUUACUUGAAUGGGUCCGGUUCCAUUUUCCAUGCCAUGAGCAGAUGGCGACACAGCUGCUGGACGCGUGCGAGAGAGGCUCCGAGGAGCACCCAGAGUACUGGGACACUGUCAUUGGCAUGAUUGUGCAGGGGAGAGUGGAUGUGGCUCGGGCACUGUUAAAACUGCACUCUGCUACAGAUACUACUGAGUUUAAGCUGGUUGACAACUCUUUAAAAAAUAUGCCUAUUUACAGUGUAUAUGGAGGUUUGUCAACAGGAGAAUUCACAAUAACUUGGAAGCACUGGCAGGCAGAGUGCCGUUCAAAACUGAGUAGUCGGAGUGUGGCCUCACAGCCACACCUGGAACUCAUAAUGAGGCUCGUAACAGGCGAUUACUCAGCGUUCGAGAGCAUCCUAUCCAAAUAUGACUCCUGGCUAUACAUUCUCGGAGGCUGGACUGUGUUCACAAUGCCAUGGGCCAAGCGGCACGAGCUGCGCGCGGCUGCCGCCGCAUGCGCCGGCAUGCGCGGGGCGGGCCGCAGCGCUUUGCAUGACUUGUUGCGGCCGGCUGUCGAGGGAGAGCUGCACCAGGUGAUUCACGAAAUUCAGCAGAUAUCAGAUAACGGUUGGUUCGCGACCCAUCUCACAGACAUUCUCUACCACUGCGGAAAACUAAAAAUCUUAGAUAAGCAUCAGACUGACGUAACCAACCGCCUCCGCGACAGUCUGAUCCUCGAGUACGGCAGUCUCCUCAUGGAGCAUGGCUCCCUCUGGACCGUGGGGCUCUCCUACUUGUGUUCGUGUCCGCCCGAGGGCCCGGCGCGGGCGGAGCUGCUGCUGAGUCGGCUGCCUGUGCCCACUGAGACCAGGGCCCUGCGGGUAGCCGCUGAGGCGCAGAAGUAUGGCCUACACAAUGUCGUGCGAACAAUCUGCCUAUGUGUCGGCGCGCGCCACCUGUCGGCCGGGCGCACGGGCGCCGCGCUGGCGUGGGGCAUGCGCGGGCGCGUGUCGGCGCUGUGCGCGCGCGCCGCGGACGCCGCGCUGCGCGCCUACACCGCGAGCGGCGCGCUGCCGGCGAGGGACCUGCUGCCGGCGGCGGGCACCGGGCUCUUGCUGCAUCAUAGAGCGCUCUUGUUAGGCAAAUACUGCGAUUUUCACAGACUGUACAAGAACAGAGAAUUUAGAAAAGCGGCCAAAUUGCUCAUAUCACUGCUAACCUCGAAGAUUGCACCAGACUACUUCUGGGAAACCCUCCUCCUCGACACGCUGCCCCUGCUCGAGUCUGACGAGCCAGUGUUCUCGUCGGCCGACACGUUCGAGAUCAUGCUGUGCCUGGAGCUGCGCGCGCGCAGCCUGGCCGGCGAGCGCGCCGAGCUGCUGCGCCUGGCCUGCGCGCGCAACCUGGCGCGCAGUCUGCUGCACGACGUCCACGAUGAAGAAUGAGCCAGCUGGGCAAAUCCACUUGUAGAUGUAGUGUUGGGACGCCUGGCCGGAAACAGGUGUCGAUCACUGAUGCAUUUAUUCAGCCCGAUCUCCUGGAGUUGGAGCUGCAGGUUACUGUCCUGGCUGCCCUCCCACACUUAUCUCCUCAAAUCUUCUCAGCAGAACAGAAGGACAUCUUUAAGUUUGACAUCCUUGAGUUCGUCUUUUCUCAAAAUGUCUCUAUCAAAUGUAUCAUAAUCCAGACACUUGUUUAUUCCAACAACUACUCCAAGCAAAACCCUUCUCGACUUGCUCCCCAUGCAUGUCUCUGCCUUUACUUGCGCACACAAAUCACAUGCUGUAGGAUAUGAUGAUGAGUGAGGGACACACAAUUUAGUAAAUUCAUACAGCCAAUAACAUUAGUCAAUACCGGAUUCUUUUGCAAUCAUACUGUGCCCUGAACCUAGCCCGCAAUCUGCUAACAUGUCAAGGUCGAGGGAUAAGAAGACUCACAUUGUUAGUAUACAAUAAUAAAUAUGUAUAAUGAUGGUUCUCUAAACUGUAUUAGGCUAAAGCAGAGUCUGCCCCCCCAUCUCCAGGUGGAGGAAAUGAAGUAAUGACUAAGCAAUAGUAAGCAUAGCAUAAUACCAGUACUUAACAGUGUAAUGUAGUUUAAACAAGAAUAUUAAGCAGCAAAGCUGUGAUUCUGCUGAUUUUUAUGAAAUCUAUGAAAAUGAAACGUGCAUUUUUUUAUAGCUCUUACAAUUGAAGUUUGCAGUGUUAGAGACCUGUUUAACCCAGAUAACCCUAAAUGCAAAAAAUCUUACCCCCGGAUUUUUCGGGAUAUUUUGGUAUAUUGUCACUUAUACCCACUAGAAAAAUCCAGAAAAAAGAAUCGGUGUUAUAACACCUGGUAAUGGGGAAACUGGGUUGGGUUUUUGGAAAAGUUUUAGUUCUUAGUAACAGAUGAGUAAACUUUCCUUAGGCAUUUUAAAAAUGGAAUCUUAUAAAAAUAACAUAUGAAGUUUCUACGUUGUUAUGUACACAUAACAAGAGACAGUUUCUGAAUUUCAUGCAUGGCAUAUAAUUUCCAGUUAUUUUGUGUAUUCAGCUUCAGUAUCAAAGAUUUCCUUGAACAUAACUUAGUUAUAAUUUUGUGAAUGAAUGAAUGUUAGGUAACAUGUGUAAAGUUAACUUGUUUCAAACAAUGGUAUGGUUGGUUGUAUAUUGUUGUAUGUGAAAUAAAUUAAUAUGUUUUGUA